AUGAAGUAUUACCAGUGCCCAGUGACCCAAACCAUGCGCUUUGAGGGCUGCGCCUCAAAAGCCUGUGAUCCCGUGUCUUGCCCUCGCUCCAGAUCAUCCAUCAAGCCCAUCCGAAACGUCCACUUCCCCAAUGACAUCGUCUUCCAGGACUACAUCCGCCAGGGCGAGCUGGAAAGGAUCGGUCGUUUCAUCAGAACCAACAGAGUAAAGCUUGACACCAUCUACCACUCAGGCAUGGCAGCUAUACACGAGGCAGUCCUGACUGGGAACCUGGAAUGUGUCAAACUGCUGGUGAAGUAUGGGGCAGACAUCCACCAGAGAGACGAGGAAGGAUGGACACCCCUUCACAUGGCAUGCAGCGACGGCUUCCCCGAGAUUGCUCGGUACCUGCUCUCAUUGGGUGCGAGUGUCGACGCUGAGAACGAGUGCGGUGAGAAGCCCGCUGAUCUCAUUGAUCCAGACUGUAAGGAGCUUCUAGAGCUGUUUGCGGUGGGUGGUGUCUGA